AUGGCGAAAACGGUGAAAUCUGGAGACAACCCAAAGCAGAGACAGAGGAAAGGUUUUUGGUCACCUGAAGAAGACGAGAAGCUAAGGAGCUUCAUUCUCUCCCAUGGCCAUUCUUGCUGGACCACUGUUCCCAUCAAAGCUGGGUUGCAAAGGAAUGGGAAGAGCUGCAGGUUAAGAUGGAUUAAUUACCUAAGACCAGGGUUAAAAAGAAAUAUGAUUAAUGCAGAAGAAGAAGAAAUAAUCUUGACCUUUCACUCAUCCUUGGGUAACAAGUGGUCGCAGAUUGCAAAACACUUACCUGGAAGAACAGACAACGAGAUAAAGAACUAUUGGCACUCUCAUUUGAAGAAGAGAUUGCUCAAGUCUCAGAGCUCACAAAACGCAACAACUGUUUCCUCUUCUUCUUCCGAAUCACUUGUUGCUUGUGGUAAAAGAAACCCGGAAAAUAUGGUCUCGAGUCUCGUCAUCUCCUUCCAGAGACUUCCAGAGAACAAAUCUUCAUCUCCAUCACAAGAAAGCAACGACAACGACAACAACUAUUAUUCUUCUUCUGCUCCUGAUGAGAUUCCAAGGCUUUUCUUCUCUGAGUGGCUUUCUUCUUCAGACCCCCACAUCGAUUAUUCCUCUGGUUUCCAAGACUCUCAUCACAAUCAAGCUCCAAAUCUCGAAGGAACUGUCUCAGAUUAUGAAGAUGUUGAUCGGUUCCAUUACAACGAAAUGAUGAUCAACAACAGCAACUGGAAUCUUAACGACGUCGUGUUUGGUUCGCAGCCUCAGAAAUCAGAAGCAGGGGAAUAA